AUGGCGCCCAAGAAGAAGCGCGGGCCCGGCGCGGGGCGGCGGCCGGGCGCGGCGGGAGACGGCGCCGAGCCGCGGCUGUCGGAGCGCGGGCAGUACCUGCAGCGCGAGCACAGGCUGCUGUCGGAGCAGCUGGACGCCUGCGAGGCGCGCGUGGACCAGGCGCUGCGGGAGAACGCCGGCCUGGACCGCGAGGCCGCGCGCCUGCGCGAGGAGAACCGGCUCUACGCCAGCUACGUGAGCGCGCGCGCGCAGCGCUGCGCCCGGGCCGUCGUGCGGCUGGACGAGCAGAACCGCGUGGACCUGACGCAGAUCCACUGGCAGCGGGCCGAGCUGGCCUCGCUGUACCGCGGCCGCGAGGACGGCGUGCGCACGCAGCUGCUGGACAUGGAGGCGCGCGCGGCGCGGAUGGCGCGCCAGGUGCAGGAGCUGCGGCCCUACAAGGAGCUGCAGCUGGAGCAGUUGGCGCGGAUCCGCGCGCUGGAGCGCGAGCUGCUGCACAUGCGCGUGGAGCACACGCAGCUGCUGCACCGCGUCAAGGGCCGCUUCCUGGAGGACAAGGCGGCCUUCGAGCGCGAGGCGCGGCAGCGCGUGCAGUCCCUGGCGCGGCGCGCGGAGCGGGAGGCGGCGCGCGCGCUCGUCCUGCACACGCAGGCCAUCCGGGCUGACAACGCGCGCCUGCGGCGGGAGCUCCUGCGGCUCCUGCGCUGGGCCCAGCUGCUGCACGACACGCGGCGCCGGCUUCUGGAGCAGCGGGACCAGCUGCGGCGCGAGCACGAGGACACCCGGGACCUGGCGCGGGUGCAUGGCUGGCUGCGCCGGGGCCGCGACGGACCGCCGCUGUGGCAGCCGCCGCCGCCGCCCGCCUCGCGUCCCGGGUCCUUCGCCCCCUCCACAGCGCCAUCGAGCGUGGCUCCCCGGGCCCCGUCGCGCGCGGGAUCCGGGUCACUGUUCCCGUCGCACGUGGGCCCCGGGAUCCCAUCGCAGGCCCCUUCGAAGGCGGGUUCACGGGUUCCUUCCCAGCACUCCUCGCGCGCGGACUCCCGGGUCGCGUCCCUGAUCCCGCCCCACCGGGGCUCCCGCGACCCGUCCUUGACUGUGUCGCGCCCAGGCUCGGUCUCUUCGACGCUCUUCCUGUCCCGCGGUCGAAGGGGACGGCGGGCGCUGACGCCGCGGCGGAAGGCGAGUGCGGGCGAGCGGGCUCCGACGGCGGGCGCGGGCGGGCAGCUGAGCGCGGCGCCCGCGGACUGCGUGAACGUGGUGUUAAUAAAGCUGCCCCGCAAGCGGGCCACACCAGUGUCCUCCCGCCGGCGCUGGCAGAGACGGACGUCGCCCGCACGGACAGAGGCUGCCCGAGCAGGAAAGGAGGCCAGCCGGGAGGAGCUGGGCGGCCACGGGUUGUAG